AUGGAGACUUUGCGCCUCAAACCACGCCAACCCGUCCAAGACGAGGUCGAGAACUGGGACGACGACGACUUCAUGAUUGAGGCCGACGAGCUCAACUUCCGCAACUCGCUCGCCUCAUCUGCCAACGCUACUUCGCACCGACGUGACUCCCACUCUUCCUUCCGGUCUGACCUCGAGUCCGUCCACGGAGAGGAAGAGAAGCAUGUCCACCUUCCCGGAGAUGACGAGAAGUCCACUCUGGAUGCUAUUGCCGCCGCCGAGAACGCCGGCAUUCCCAUUCCCCGUAAUGUCCCACCUUCGGCCCUGAUGGGCGGUACCAUCAAGCGCCUCGGUGGUCGCAAGAUCAAGAAGAUCAUCCAGGAAGAUUGGGGCGAGGACCUGGAGCUGCCCGAGCAGGGACAGCCUCUGAACAUCAAGCCCCAGGACGGCUCGAAAUUCCCCGAGGUUCUUCGACAAGUUAGUGGCUCGUCGACCUACACCAGCCCUUCCAAGCCAUCAACUUCCUCUCCCAUUCUCCCUCAGGAGGAGCUCAAGAUCGUGAAGAAGACGCCCGCGGUCGUUCCCAUCAAUCUUGACCGCUUUAAGGACGAUGACGACGAUGACGACUUCUUCGGCGAUGGAUCAGCCACUAUCAAGGCUCCCAAAUUCCGAUCACCCGCCAAACCCAUCUCUUUGAUCACUCCUCCGACUCCGCAGAAGAAGCCGGAUGGAGAUGCCGAAGACGACUUCGAGCAGGGUCUGGAGCUGCCAUCUGACGGCAAGCUGAAGCUAUCCAACCGUAGAGAGAUCCCUAAGACGCCCUCCGUCAACGGCUUGGACGAUUUUGACUGGGGCGAGGGCAGCCUUGGAACUCGCUUUGGAGGCACUCGCCGUGAUGGUCGCUCUAACCGCAGCUCCGAGAUCUCGGCCCUGAGCCCGAGCAUUGCUAGCUCCAUCACAGCUGAGAGUGAGGAUGAGGCAUUCGACGGCCUCGUCCUUCCCAGCGGUCCUCUCAACUUGGGCGAGCGACUGCAGAAGCGCCGACAGAGCCGCUCUCCGGCUCGCGCUGGUGAACAGUCGCAGCAACGUUCGCCUACCAAGCAGGCCCAGCAGCAGCAACCUCAAGUCAAGCUGCAGCAGCCCCAGCCGCAGGCCGAGGCAGACCGCGAUGACUUCUUGGCCGGCCUCGACAUCGGCGAUGGAGAGGUCUUCAACUCUGCCAAGUUGACACUGCAUCGCAACCUCAAGAUCAAAGAGACUCGUCCUGCCAGCCCUUCGAGGCCCAAGGCUGCAGUCUCUUUGACAUUCACCAACAAGCCCACGCCCGUCACUUCCCGCCUCCCACGGCCCAUGAUUAGCCACGAGCGGAGCCACACUGCUUCUUCACUGGAGCCCGUCUCAGAGAGUGGCGGUCCCAUCUACAACAUGGCUCGACGAUCCCAGUCACGUCUCGGCCACUCGGCUCAGUCGUCCAUCUCGAGCAUCCCCACUCCCACCACUCCUUCAUCGGCACAGUCCAUGCCUCCCUCUACCCCGCGUCGCCGAGAGAUCAACCAGAAGACUUCGGCCGCCUCUCUCCGACCGGAGCCCACCACCACCAGCGCACAGCUACUGCGUCUUAAGCGGUCUCUACCUGUGAUGCGACCUCCGCAAUCGCCCGCUCGGCCCGCCACCACCACUCGGGGUUAUGAGCGUCCCCCGUCCAGAACCGACAUGGGACAUCGUCCUCAGUCUUCGCUUCGGCCCAAGACUCCGGUCGAGCGAACCAGCGCAGGUUUCGAGAGCGCCGCCGCCCAGGCACGCCGCAAGCCUUUCCUCCCCGCCGGCAGCUCGCAGUCGCAAUCUCACCACAUCGCCGCCAAGAGCUCUCGCACUUUCCGUCGCCAUGACUCUGACACAAUCGUCGACUUCCGACCCAACUCCCGGGCGGUGUCGCGAUCGACGAUGCGCUCCCCGAGCCCUUCCAAGAAGCAUCGCAGCGUAGAGAGGAUCGUCCAGGAGAACUGGGCCCAGCUUAGCAAGCCGCGCCGCCAGCGACACUUUGGAGACGGCCACGAGCUCGACGGCUUCGAUGAUCUUCCUACCUCGCAGCAGACCGAGGCUAGAUUCAUGCGCCAGCCCGUCGCUGCAGGACCAAAGGCACAACUCCGCAACAAGGUCUACCAGAAUAUCCUCCCUGAUAGAACCAACACUCCUACUCCUCUUACUCCCUCGACCACUACCGAGCACCUGCCUCAUUUUGCUAGGGACACGACUGCGAGUCGUAUCAACAGGGAGGCUGCUCUGGCUCAGCGUGCCACUUCGAACAGCGGCCCUCUUGCGCCCCUGACCACCCAGCGCGUUGCCCAGCUGUCCUCCACCAGGAACUACAAUGUUCCCUACUCCAGCGUGCGGUCCAAGAAGACUCCGCGCAAGCCAGUACAACUGAAGCCUCACUUGAUCUCGAACCUGAACGCACACAAGGAGCCGAAGAGUAUGUCCUCAACACACCCUCCACCCACCUCUCAACUUCAGCAAGCUAACAGCAACCCACCAGCCCAAAACGGCAUGUAUUACAACCCGGAGACCAUGCGUUGGGAGGGCAACGAGAACGCACUGUCGGGCUUUGACGCUCCUGCAUCCUCGCCCUCCACCGCGUCGAUGCCUCCCAAUAUGCUGCGCGAGAGGGAGAAUGCUACUCCCCGUCCUGCCUUGAUCACGCCCAUCGGUGCCACCAAGGGUGUCCAGGUCGUCGGGGGCAUGGUCUUUGAUGCGCAGAACAUGUGCUGGCUCAAGGUCGGCGCUCAGGGAUCCAACAAGUCCGAGGGAGGCGACACCAUGGAUGGCUUCAACGCCAUUGAUGACGACGAUGACCCCUUCAAGGACAUUCCCGAUCUCGAUGACAAUGUCGGCGACUCGACUGAGGCUGGCCACGGCCGGGUGAGCGAUAUCAAAGACGACUGGCUUGUUGGCGAGGAGUUUGAUGUCGGUCCCGAGUUCAUUCGCCGACAGCGCGAGGAAGAGGACCGCUGGAAGAAGAAGUGCGAGAAGUGGCUCAACUUUGAGGACCGCGACCGCACCGCCUGGGCGUGGACGAUUCGCGAUCUUGCCUGCGCCAUCUGA